AUGCUGAAGGUCGAUGAGUCUGAUCGGAAUCAGAUCUUCGACUGGUGCUCCGACAACGAAAUUUGCUGGAAAUUCAUCCCACCUCGAGCACCACACUUUGGCGGUCUAUGGGAGGCUGCAGUGAAGUCAGCGAAAACACACCUGCUGAAGGCAAUCGGCAACGUGAACGUUGCGUACGAGGACAUGCUCACACUGCUGGCGCAGAUAGAGAUGUGCCUCAAUUCUCGUCCGCUGACUCCACUGCAGGACGAUCCGUCCGAUAUCGAGGUCCUUACGCCAGGACAUUUCCUCGUCGGGAGCAAUCUCCAAGCUGUUCCGAAAGUUGAUCUGAAGGAGACUCCUGACAAUCGCUUGAACUACUGGGAAUUGGCCCAGAAACGGUUCCAGACAAUUUAG